UGAUGACAAAUGUAAUAAUUGUCAUUGUCAACAAUAAUCAGCUGUGAGUUACUAUAGUUAUAAACACUGAAAGUUACAGAAAACAGAGAAAUUUAUGCUCAGUGUGAUUAUCUACUCUGUGAUUAGUGUUUCCGGUGAAUUGGGCAGCCAGCGAAUUGCAUUAAGGGCACAAAUCUGCAUAUUUCGAUCGACUGCGUUAACCUAAGUCUUGGCUCCGUAAAUCGGCAGUUUAGGCCUCCAGCAUGCCUCAAACAGUAGAACAGACCCCAGGCUCUCAGCGGCUGACCAACGAUGAUUUUCGCAAACUUCUUAUGACCCCACGAUCAACUCCUGCAAAUGCCCCUGCUGCGCCAGGCUCCAUCAAAGAGGCAAUGCAGAACAGUGCUAGCAUGCCACCCCCCAAAAUUGAAGACAAAAAUGAAGCUAGAAAGAAACGUAAAAGUUUCUAUGCCAAGUUAAAGAAACAGGAGGACAACAAAAUAGCAGAACUAGCGGAAAAGUAUCGUGACAGAGCUGGUGAAAGAAGAAAAGGGGUGAAUCCUGAUUAUCAAGUAGAUGAUCCGGUGGCUACAGCCCAAGCUUACAGAGCUGUGGCUCCAGAUUUAAAAUCUGGAUAUGAUGCGGCUGAACGAAGAAGGCAAAUGAUUCAAGAAUCUAAAUUCUUGGGUGGUGACAUGGAGCAUACUCACUUGGUAAAGGGUCUGGAUUAUGCCCUCCUUCAAAAAGUUAGAAGUGAGAUCCAACAUAAAGAAUUUGAACAAGAACAAGAAUUAGAAAGAAUUGCGUCAGAGUCUGAAGAGAAGAAAAAAGAAAAGGAGAGAAAGGACUUGUUAAAGAAGGAGGAAGAGGAAAUGAAAUUUAAAACCAAGAUUGGAAGAUCUAUAUAUCACACAGUGCAAAUGUUAAAAUCAAGGCAUAUUCAGAGGUCGGAAAUGUUUGUGCCCGGAAGAAUGGCUUACGUAAUCGAUUUAGAUGAUGAUGCUGAAACUGACAUACCAACAACGUUACUGCGAUCAGUUGCUGAUGUACCGUCUUUUGAAUUAACCACGACUGUAACUACCAAUGAUAUUGUGAUUAAUAAAUUAACUCAAAUUUUGAGUUACUUAAGGCAAGGUAAUCGAAAGAAAAACAAACACAAACGUGCCAUCGAUGAUACCAAAGACUAUGAGAAGGAAGAGGAAAUCGACGAUAGCAAGAAACCAGCCAAAAGGUCAAAUAACACUGAUGACUCUAUUUAUGGAGAUAUCGGGGAUUAUGUGCCUGCACGAACAAGUCAUCACAAACACAAAGAGCCUCACAGAGAAUCCAGAUCCAGUAAACAUAAUCCUUCAUACUUUGAUAAGCAAGAUCACAGGGAAUCGGUUGAUAAUGCUGCUCCAUCAUUCAGAGUAAAUAAGUCGGCAGAAAUUCUGAACAAACUUCAACAAGAACCUGAAGGGUAUGCCGAAUGUUAUCCUGGCUUGGAAGAAAUGAAUGAUGCUAUUGAUGACAGUGAUGAUGAAGUCGAUUAUUCUAAAAUGGAUCUUGGUAAUAAAAAGGGUCCUAUAGGACGGUGGGACUUUGAUACGGCUGAAGAAUAUUCUGAUUACAUGAAUCAAAAAGAAGCUCUACCGAAAGCUGCGUUCCAGUAUGGGUUGAAAAUGGCUGAUGGCAGAAGAUCAAGAAAACAUAAGGAUAAGAACGAAAAGGCUCAUUUAGACAGGGAAUGGCAGAAAAUUCAAAAUAUCAUUCAAAAGAAACAUUAAUUACGGCAAAAUGAAUAAGCAAAUAUUGAUGACGUUAUAGUCAUAGAAAUUAAUAAGGUAGGUAUAUUUCACAGAAUAAUUCUAUUGAUUUCAAAACCUCCAAAACCAUGCAAACGAUUGUCCCAGAAAUUAAAAGCAAAUAAAUUACCUUGCUGUUAAGAAGUUUAUUAACUAAAGCCGAACUAUUUCUUAUUUUUAUUUACCUGGAACUGUUUACAAACCUUAGAUCUAGAUAAUUAUCACAUUAUUAAGAGUAUAAUAACAUAUAUUUAUUAUGUACAUCAAUUUGAAUUUUCCUGCACUAACAACUAAGAAAACAUCAACUUGCAAUAUAUUUAGUAGUGAUGGUUCCUUUAAACAUGAAUAGGCAAAGUAAUAAAUAAAAUUUUUUAAAAAUA